ACACCAGCUGAAUUAAAUCAGUGUGGUGCUGAGUGUAGAUGGCCCACCUGAGGAAAGUUGCCAGCAUAAAAGGGCAAGAGUGAGGCGUUGUGGGUUCUCCUAAGUGUUGCUGUUGGCUCUCCUGGAGGAGUUUCUCACGCUGGCCGGGACCUCUUUGUUGCUGUGGUACUUUUUAGGGGAGCCCUGAUCCCCUAAAAAGUGUCACUUCUUGGCUCCACUGUAGAGCCCUCAAUCUACUAGCCUUUAUGCUUCAACCCUGCUGGCACAGACUUUUUAGCUUCCACUGAUGACCUUUGGGCCUUCCCAGCAUAGAAUUGCCAUACAGUUGCUGUGGAAAUCAAUAAAAAAUGGCAUCUAAGAAAUUUGCUGUUAAAUGCAGGGAUUUUGCUGUCCUGGUGGAUCUUCAUGUAUCACCACAAGGGUCAAAGAAAGAUACCAGCUGGUUCUCUGAACAGAAGAAAGAGGAAAUCUGUUUGCUAUUAAAAGAAACCAUUGACUCAAGAGUUAAGGAGUACUUGGAAGUCCGUAAACAGCACAAGCCAUCAAAUACAGAAUUCACAAGAUCCAGUCCCUUGUCCUUAAAAGGUUAUGGCUAUCAGAUCACUGCGUACUUCCUCAAGAGAGGGAUUCACCUUCGCUGCAUUGGGAGCUCACAGAACACGAAACUCCGUGUAUUCCCUGACCAAUUUGUGGUCUGCGUUCGUCAGCUUGCAGUCAGUCCUGGUAUCUUGGCAAAUCAGAAGGAAGAACUGACAGAAAGAGCUCUCCAUGGAGUGUCUGAUUAUUUUGCUGAGUGUGCGGAGAGUCCACUUCCUCCCAGUGCAAAGCUCAAGAAAAAUGCUUUGAAAGAAAUUGUGAAAAGAACUGAAACAAAAAGUGUCUCAAGCAAAUCACAGAUCCCCAGGGCCACUGUGGGAACAUCUAGUGACUCAGAGAUUGCAGUGGUGGCUAGGAGGAGCAGUGAUUGUCAGACCUCAUCCAGCCCCCCAUCAAAAGCCGUGGGACAAGUCAAGGAUUACAUAAAGGCAGUGGAGAGCCACCAGAGGCUUCCUGUUCAAAAACUGGAAAAUGUUAAUCAGACUCCACCAGAAGACUCUAGCAGCCAGCAAAAACCUCAUCCUGGGGAGCGGUUAAAGGCAAGGAUCCUGAGCAGGAGUGCUGUCUAUAGCUGUGAGUCAGCAUCACCAGGUCCAAAGCAAAGUCCACAGGCAGCCAAAACACAACAGAAACGCAGGAACUGUGGCUCUGCAGAAGACUUCGACCACCACAAGAGAGUUUCUCUUGGAAGUGAUCAAUUAGUCUCGGGAGAAAUAAUAGUGGAAAAAAGUGCAGCUGUCAGUGUUUUGCCAACUGUGGAGCUGUCAGAUCUGGGAUUACCUUUGAAACAAGAUUUGGCAAAAACCAUAUCUAAGGAAGAGUUGCAUGUUUUGGAAAAUCUCUCCUCCAAAUAACUUGCAAAAAAUAACCUAGUACAGGCACAGCACAUCAGCUCAGCCACAAACACAGUGAGAUUAUCCAUAACUCAGGGCAACCUGACCAAAAGAAGACAGAAAUCACAAAGAAUUGCAAAGUCAUAGUUGAGGAUAUAGUGACCAAAUCUGUGAAAAGAGAGCCACAUGUUUAGAUGCUGAACUAUAAAAGGAAUAAAUAAGAAUGAUUAUCAUAAAUAAAAAGUAUGCAUCAUGUUAGGGUCCACUUCCAAGCAGUUGCCUCCAGGAGACUAUGGUUAUUAUAAUAAUGUUGCUGCUUUCUUGUCAUAUUUAGUAACUGUCUUCAAAAAUUAAUGACGGGUUUGGGGGCUUAGCUCAGUGGCAUAAGCACCUACCUUGCAAGCGCGUGGUAAUGAGUUUGAUCCCUGUUACCAGUAAAAGAAAAAAAAAUAAUAAUAAUAAUGACAAAGAGGCAUCCACCUUGCCAAAGAGGAUACCAUUUGUGCAAAGACUGCAUAGAGAACAAAUCAUAUGUCCUUUCUUGACACAUUACUGUGCAGACCUUGUGUUGGGGCACAUACGGACAGUGCCAUAAUGCUGCAGUUCUGUGGUGGGGGCACAGUUGAUCAUCUUCUGCCCAGUGAAAGAAUAAACAGUUCUCAGCCUGUGGUUCCAGCACCAGCGUCAUGGUAACAAAUUAAAAGUGUGGGUAUUAGGUUCCACCAAGACCUGCUGAAUGAGAAACGGGGUAUUUCUGAAAUGUGCUCAAGUCCAAGAAACACUGGACUGAUAGGAGGCUCCCUAGUAUGAAUUCGCCCAGCCUGGCUACCAUGGCCUCCAGCUCAUCAGCUGGGACCACGUGUGGACAUGUAUACCCUCCGAUUCCUUCAAACUCAUAAAAUACCAGGGCUCAAUGAAUGAGUCAGUCUGUUCCCAGGUUCUAUAGUAGGACAGCCAAAGCACCUUGGGAGCCCUGGGGAGCUGAUACACUCAUAAUUGCUGGAAGUUUGUGGGUAACUCAUCCUUGCAUUAUGGGAAGACAUGGGAGAGGCUUGCUCUUGCUUGCAGCUCAGGCAUGCCUCUGUCCAUGCCCUUGCACCUCCAGCAUUUUGGGGAGAUUCAGGACAGACCAGAACCCAGUGGAACUUAGGAGCCAGAAUUUCCAUUUUUUUUUUUUUUUUUUUUUUUUUUUUUUUUUGUUUAGAAGGCUUCACAGGUGGUUUGAAUUCCCUGUGCUUGCACAGCCCAUCCUCGUGGUAUUACAGGUACCGCAAGUGCCACAAGUAGCCCAAGAAGGCAACCAGGAAGGUUCAUUCAGGGUCUGUUUUGAUUGUGGGAAUUUUGAAGUUUUUUCUGAAGAUUAAAGUCAGUGAAAAACAGAAAUUCAGCAGUGUUGUUCACUUUGGACAUUUCAAAAAUAAAAUCACAGUUUCUGAGAUAUAAUUCUCUGAAAGGUAUUUGAAAAUGCAUUACUAGGAAGUACCUUACGACAAAUCUUAAUGAUUGGCUUCUUAAGGCUGCAUCUGACAGCCAUAUGUAUGAACUUUAUUACUUUCAGUCACCCUGGAGAUGAGCAGAAUCCAAGGACUAUAGGGAAAGCCACUCCUUAUGGGGCUUUGGUUGCUAAUUCUUAGAAAACGAAGCAUUCACUCAGUUUCAUUCUAAAGAAAUAACCAUAUUCAAAGGCUAUCCAUCCAAUAUAUUUGUUUUUCUGCUUACCAUCAGGUGACUCUUUAGCAUCUCCCCCUAAGCAAAAGAAAAUCAUAUGUAGUCCCCAAAAUCUUUACAUUAACAGAAAAAAAUAUCAACAAAGUAAAAGAAUACAGAAACAGGCACAAGGUAGAUUCAUGCUUGAGAUGAAUGUGUGAUUUUUCCUAUCUCACUUUGCUCUUCCCCCAUCUCCUUUCUCCGAAUGUAUUGUGUAAGAUGAGGUCCAUCAGUAGGCCACCAUCUUUCAUGGCACUGUUUUGUGUCAUGAGGUCCAACUGUGGUCACAAAGCCUGGCCUCUUGUGUAUUAUUAUUUUGGAAUCCCUGCCUAGAAACUUGUCCCAUUCCUGCAGUUCCAGCCUCACUACCUCCUCUAGAAGCAUACCAUGGUCCGGCCCCUGCGGAGGCUUUCUUCCCUCUCCCAGCUGACUCCAGUCAAAGAGCUCAGUAGGCAAAAAUUGAGCCCAACAAAAUGGUACCUCCGCAGAGCUGAUUCUCCUUGUACAGUAGUGGGUAUACUGUUCAGAAACGUCCUGAGAAAUGCAGAACAUUGAUGGCUGUGACCCAUCACAAGCCCUCUCUGUUAGAAUGGUCAAUAUAUAUACUGUUUACAGUGUGUCAUUGAAUCAUCUUAAACUGAAAAAGAAUUGUUAGAUCAGUUUAUAAACAGGGAGGACACAAGUAAUCUCACUGGUAGAUUAAAAAAAAAAAACAAAAAAAAAAACAACUGCUCUCUAGAAGAGAGUAGAAUAAAAACAGUGGCCCUGCCAGAAGCUAUUGCCUGCUCUAGAAAAGGAGAUACUGAAAAUGAGGUCAGCAGAGGAGAUUUUAUUGAGAAGUUUUUAUUCAUUAGCUAACCUAGUCUUUAUGGUUAAGACCAAUAUGUGCAUGAUCUUCUUUCAAGGGGAGUCUUGACUCUAGAGUUUGUUGUAUUUAGAAAGAUAAUAAUUCUUUGCACCCGUGGGUUGUAGAUAGAUGUGGUCUUUCACACAGACUUUAUGUACAAUGCUUUUUAACAGGAUUAGCAGGGCAGAGGUGGCUUUCAGCUCCCAUACUGUGGCAUAUGUUUCAGGAAUUUUGCCUUUAAGCACUUUCCUUCCACAUGUCUGAAACACCACCCCUGGGUCUCUUGUUACUUGAGUGAUUGUGUGAUUCUUUGGAUAUGUGGGAAUACAAAGGGGAAAAUAGAUGCUAGGAGUUUUUUUUGUUACUUAUUAGGUGGGAUAUGAAGGGUUCUCUACUGCUCUGAAUGGUAUGUAUUUUGAUGCUCUUAAUAAUUUAGUAAUUUUAUCUGAAAGCCUGAGACUUUGUCAAUAUCUAUAGUCAAAAAGAACAAAUUAUACAGCCACUCACUACUCCAAAUUAAAUCUUUAUUCAGAUCCCUGUGACUCGGAGGCUUGGAGGAGAUGUUGAGCAGAUCCAGCUAAUGUAAUAAUUUUGAACUCUUCUUCUAACUUUUUAACUCGCUCAAUGUCUUAGUUUCUAAGCCACUUCUGUGUUUUCAAAUGACAUUUUAAUAGGUAGACAUUAGUUUUAUUUUAAUAAAUGUCCAUAAACAAAAA